AUAAGGCAAGAAGAGAAUCUGGCAGUUCAGGACAAGAGGUUGAAGGGAAUGAGGUUGGAGGGAUGGACGCUGUGCGCGACAACUCUGGAGGGGAGCCGACUUCUUCGGAGACCAAGCGCGAGCGACAAAAGACGGUACGAGACGAGGUGGAGGAAGAAACGAGAUACAUGAAGAGGAUGAAAGGAUCCUCAGAGCUGAUGAUUGGCCAGGAUGAAGGGCAAGCCGUAGAAGCUACGGGUGAAGGAGAUUUGACUCAUCAAGGCAUUGCCGCCGCAGAAAAACCUUCCGAGAAAUCUAAAAGGAAACUGACAGUUGAAAAAGGGGAUCACCAGAAGAAAGCUCAGAGGAGGAAGGCUGGUGAGGGGAUGAGUGGUGGCGAAAGAGCGGGUGGUAAGCAAUACGACAAAGCGGUGGCGUUUUGGCUCGAAUACGAGCGAAGCGCUGAUGGUGACAUCGUGGAGAAGGAUCACCCAAUGCAACUGGUCAUCGACCCCAAGAAGGUCUGCGAUAUCCCGUCCUGGGAAAGAUAUUAUAAUCACCGCGGUCUCUCCCGGGAUGGUAUGGAGGACAUCAAAAAUGCAAUGCUAAGGCAGUUCCGUGAGGAGAAGACAAAGAUAUGGAUGAAAAAUACUUUGGUUCUGACUCCCAUCUACAAGCCGGUGACGCAGAAGCCGGAGAGAGCUCGGAGGGUUCCCAAGGAUGUCUUCAAGCAAGAAGGACAAGGACAAAUACUUCUAUUACCCCGUGAAUGGACAACACAUCGUGGCUGCUGUGAAGGAAUUGUAUGAAAAUUCCAACCUGCUGUAAAGAAUGGAAAGUGGGUCAUGACAAUAAAGGAAGCCGGCGGCAAGUGGAGUGGCUUGAACAGAUUGGGAGCGGGUCCAUUUAAGAAAAAGGCCAAAGAAGCUCUAGUGGAGCAUUUGAGUGUAGUAAACCCCGAAAGGAGCCCACAUGACGUCAAUGCGUAUGCAGGCCAAAAGCUCGACGAGCUCUACGACAACAGAAUGUUGGAGUUUCGAGCGCCUUUCUACACACUUGAAACGACAUCGUCUCGUGGCAUUGAUUGGCGCAUGCCACAACCUCUAGCCGGUGGUCAGCAUCCGGGAGGCGGUGGAGGAGGUGACGGAGGAGACGGCUCGGGAUCUGGUGCGGAUAAAGCAGAGGGGAAGGGGUUCAGCGGAGAGGGUUCUGGAGAAACACGAUCUGCCGGAAAGGGGUCAGGCGAAACGUGGUUGGGAUCAAAGGGGUCCGACGGAAAAGGGUCCGGCGGAAAGGGGUCGGGCAAAAAGGGGUCGGGUGGAAAAGGGUCGGGGGGAAAGCAUAUAGCCUUCGGGAGUCGCGCGUCUAGGGGAUCUGAAAGCCACUGCAAAGGGAGUCGAGAUUCCGACAUGCGAGACGAGGCCGCCCUGAGGUCUUAUCAAGUGCGAGUAGAUUCACACUUAUCUGUGAGGACUUUGUUUCACGAUGUCGAGGAGAGUUCGUGCCACAGUACGCAACCGACGUAUCCUGUGGACAACACCUUGCUCCUGCACCUCUUGGAAGAAGGCGGACGGGACGUAUGCAGUGUACGGCAGCAUCUCCUAAGCAGCAAAACGAUUCCUUACCGGGAACCACGUCUUCGUUUUGCCUGGACGUCGGGAUGCCUACAUUGCGAAGGAGCGAAGGUGCGAGCAUCAGCUCCCUCAACUCUCAUGAGUGCCACAAAGUCCGAAGAGAUUCGGAGUUACUUACGUCACCUUGCGGGCCGUCCGCCAGCAGUGCUGCUCACGCUACAGUAUUGCGGGGCGAAAAAAAUCUCCAGGGGAAGAGGAGCUCUUACAGGAAUCGCAUGUUGUGCAGCGGGAAGAGGAAACUCAACACUGGCCGCCUUGCAAAGUGCUGAGGGGUUCGAUGCAGGAGUGUUGGAGACCGGGGCUAGCGAGCAUCAAUGUCAUGCUUCGAAGGGUGCGUCCGUUGAUUUUGAAAGCAAUAGUACAACAGCUCCGGGGGAAGAGGAACUCUCACAGGAAACGCAUGUUGUGCAGCGGGAAGAGGAGCUUCUCCAGGGCUCAUCGAAAAAUACCAUCAACAUCGGGGACACCGAAGAGGUUCAACACAGUGGGUCGCCACUGACGACGCAAGAGGGUGACGUUAAGGGAGGCCACGGCAGCAGUCCGCGGUGCAUGCUCACUCGCUCACAAACAACGGGGAUGGAGCAGAAGCAAGGCAGAUCUGACGCGGACUAUGAGACACGGAUGAUGGCUAUGAUGGUCGAAAGCAAGCAACGGUCAGAAGCAGCAGCAGCGGCACGAAAGAAGAAGGAGGCAGAGGCAAAGAGGCUGCGUCUUCUGGCAGAAGAACAACGGCAGAAGCACGCAGCAGCAACAACUAAGGUCGCAGAUGAAGAACGCGUACGACGACGGGAGUUUCUAUUCAAGGAGAAGAAUGCGGUACACACGCAAGUCAAAGAUCGGCAGAAGGAGGCCGAGAGUGAGGAUUCCGCUGACUACGGGAACAAGUUAUCUCAACUGCUCAACCUCGUCUCAGACCUUCUCGCUAUGUGCAUUGCACAACGGGAGGACACUCACUUUCUCGACCACACCAACCAAGCGCUACAGCAGUCAGUGGAUCGACUAACCAAGCAGCGAGUCGUCGCCUCCUCCAACGUCAGCCCCUCCGACCUUGGAGAUAGACGUGGGAACAAUCAAGAUCGGGGCUCAGCGGCUAGAGCAGCAGAAGUGAAGGCGAUGAAAAAUCCUCCAGCAGCUGUAAAGCUGGUGAUGGAAGCCUGCUGCAUUAUGAAGCAGGUGAAGCCAAAACGCAUACCAGAUCCCAACAAUCCGGCGAGGAAGGUUGACGAUUAUUGGUUCUCAGCUCAGCUGAUGCUGACAGAUACGGGUUUCUUGCCCUCACUCCAAGCAUACGACAAAGACAAUAUUCCAUCACACAUCAUUGAGCGCAUACGUCCAUACCUCAUCAUGUCUGACUUUGAUCCAGAAGUUGUCAGGAAAGCAUCAAAGGCAGCAUAUGGUCUAUGCUGCUGGAUUCGAGCCAUGGAAGCAUAUGACAGAGUCGUCAAGUGCCACGUCAGCAUGACGGGUGCAGCUCUGGGCAUGCCAGGCCAACUGGCCAACGAGUCUCUGGCCGACUACAAACGGCGGUUCCAGGCCCAGAUCGCUCUGAUCGAGGCUGAGGAACAACGCCAGCUGGCAGCCGCGGCUGCCCGCCUACAGGUUGAAGAAGCGGCAGCAGCAGAGAAGCUGCGACUACAGGCCGAAGCAGACGCAGAUGCCCAAGCUCGCCGCAAGGAAGCCCAGGAUCUGCUGCAGCGGCAUGAAGCCAACAGCAUCGACAGACUCAAGUUCUGGGAACCGAACGACGACGAGGCAACACUGGAAGAGCAGCAUAAGGAGUUCAUGGCCAAGCUCGUGACCGGGUUGGUUUACACUUGUAACCACCUACAGUCCGAGUUGGCGAACCUCCAGCGGGCCGUGCGGAACCAUAAGACUCAGCAUGAGGAUGCCACACGAGCACUGAACGCCCGUGUACAGGACUUGGAACAAGUUCCACCAAGUCCAGAUGCUGGGGCUUCCAGCAGUGCACCCUCUAGCCGCCAACUGGAGGAACGCGUUGACCACGUAGUGGCAAUGCUCGGCGACAUCAGCACCUUCGCUGCGCCGACCACCAUCAGCAGUCAGCUGCAUACCUUGAAGACCGAGCAAUACAAGAUGCCAACUUUUCAACUUGACAAGUUCGACGACUACACGCAUCAGGACCCGGUGCUCUGGUGGGAACCUUUCACGACGCAACUUUGGAUUCUGCCUGUCUCCAAACGCGCGUACAUCGGUGCCUUGUUCAUGAACUCAAAGGGAGGAUGCACGAUCUGGUUAACUCACCUGGCAGCCACCCACGGCGUCGACGUCGCAGAUCUGAAGGACGAGAUCACAUGGGAAGAGUUGACACGGCUGUGGAAGAAGCGGUUCAUCGUCGACGACGCACCUGCACUCCCCAUCAACCGUCUCUUCACCAUGACUCUGGGCAACACAGCAACACGUGACUGGCUCACGGAAUGGCAGAAGAUUGCGGCAACGCCCAAUCUUGACUUACCAUUUCCGCAUCUGCGCCGUGAGUUCUACAACAGGUCAUGCGCUGCAUUGAGCCAGGCACUUGGUGAUCGCGAGCAAUACACCACCUUCGCUGAGAUCAUUGAUAAGGCAAGGGAGAUCAUCAAGACCAACAGGUCAGCUGCACACRAGAAGUCMACGUGGCAGCCAACCUAUGUGGAGAASGUGAGAACUGGUCCGCGACAGCAGCAGUUCGCUGCAGUCCAAUCGGACAACACUGUGGAAGACCCGGCAGCCACCCAAGCGUCACGUGAGGGAGAUCGGGUGGCUGUUGUCCAGCCGCGAAGCAACCACAAACCCCGAGUAAACGGGAAGGCGAAAUCAGCAUCGCCGGCCGGAAAUGGACAGCCAGCACCACCAUGGGUCAAGUUCGGCUUGACCGAGGCCGAGUACAAGUACCGCGGCCGUUACGGCUGCUGCUACUGGUGCAACAGCACAAAGCACAAGACCUCCCUUUGUGAGGAUCAGGCCAAGGAGGAUGUGCGGCCUCUUCCGACUUUGUUGAUGGACGCCGGAGUAGAGGUUGUCGACCUUCACGCCUACAUUGCGAAGAUCGACCGGGAGUUCAAGACGCAACGGUACGACGACAUCGACGCACCAUUGCUAUAUGUAAGCAUUCAGAUUGGAGAGGUGACCUGCAGCGCUUUGAUCGAUUGCGGAGCAUCUCGCAACUACAUGAGUCAGGACUUCAUGGUACACGCCGACUUUGGCCCACGAGUCCGAAAGAAGUCCCAUCCCACGCAAGUCACGUUGGCGGACGGUCACACGCACAAGUCAAUCGACCGGUGCAUUGAUGACGUCCCAGUGUACUUUGCCCCUCACGCAAGUGAGGCGGUGUCCUUCGACAUUCUGGACACCAAAUUCGACAUGAUCUUGGGCAUGUCAUGGCUGCGAAGCGAGGACCACCCGGUGAACUUCUACCGCCGCACCGUUCACACGAUCAGAAACGUCGACCCUCUCCCACGCAUCGACGAUCUUCUCGAGCGACUGGGCGGCGCCAAGUUCUUCUCCAAGCUCGAUCUCAAAUCRGGAUAUCACCAACUCGAGAUCCGGCAGGACGAUCGCUACAGGACCGCGUUUAAGACGCGAUAUGGGCAUUUCGAAUGGCUGGUUAUGCCAUUUGGCCUUACCAAUGCCCCGACCACUUUCCAAGCGGCUAUAACAACGGAGUUCCGACACAUACUGGAUCGAUACGUACUUAUCUACCUCGACGACAUCCUGGUGUACAGCCGGAGUUUGGAGGAGCAUGUGGAACACCUGCGCACCGUUUUGGAGCGGCUACGACAAGCCAAGUACAAAGCCAACCACGAUAAGUGCGAGUUCGCACAACAGGAGUUGGAGUACUUGGGACACUAUGUGACGCCACAAGGCAUCCGCCCGCUUGCGGACAAGAUCGAGGCCCUACGAGUAUGGCCCGAGCCCACCAACACCACGGACGUUCGUUCAUUCAUGGGGCUGGCGGGCUACUAUCAGCGAUUCAUCACCGGAUACUCUAGGAUUGCUGCACCUAUGGUGCCAUUCGUAUUCGAUGACGACGCAUGCCGGUCAUUCCAAGCACUCAAGACGGCCAUGCUCAUGGCACCUGUCCUUAGCAUCUAUGACCCUGUCCUGCCUACGAGAGUGACUACGGACGCUUCCGGCUAUGGCAUUGGGGCAGUCUUGGAACAACACGACGGCGACGAUUGGCACCCUCUGGAGUAUUUCAGCCACAAAGUGCCUCCCAUCAACUCGCUUGGUGAUGCAAGGAAGAAGGAGCUGCUCGCAUUCGUCAUGGCUCUCAAGCGAUGGCGGCACUUCCUCCUUGGGCGUCGUAGGUUCACAUGGGUUACGGACAACAAUCCACUGACCUACUACAAGACGCAGGAUACGCUAUCUUCGGAUCACCCGCCGGCCAGCCACUAUCGCAUUGCCGACGGGUACUUGCUCCUCCACUCGAGAGGCAAGGACUUACUAUGUGUCCCACGCGACCACCGUCUUCGGACUCGCCUCCUCGGCGAGUAUCAUGAUUCGCGACUCGCCGGCCAUUUCGGAGUCAACCGCACUAUUGCACGGCUUCGACAGCGAUUCCGAUGGCCUGAUCUCAUUACCGAUGUCACUCGGUACUGUGACUCUUGCGAAGUUUGCCGACGCAGCAAGCCCCGCAACCGCAAUCCCUACGGCGAGUUACGCUCGAUGCCUAUCCCACGGAAACCCGGUCUCUCCAUUGCCAUGGACAUCACCGGUCUGUUUCCCCGCGACCGGCUCGGGCACGACGGCAUCCUCACGGUUGUGGACCGAUUGCGUAAGUACGCUCAUUUUUUCCCUUGCAAGUACUACUCCACGGCUCCCGAGCUAACACGCCUCCUGCACACCGGCUGGAUUUGCGGCCAUGGUGUACCGGAAGACAUAGUCAGCGACCGCGACACUCGCUUCAUGUCGGCAUUUUGGACUGCACUCAUGCAGGAGUCCGGCACGAAGAUGAAACCAAGUUCGGCUCGGCAUCCACAGACAGAUGGGCAGACGGAGCGGGCCAUUCAAACCGCUCAAAUGAUGCUUCAAACGCUCAUCCGUCCUGACCAGAAAAAUUGGGUUGACCGCCUCCCCGACAUCGAGUUCGGCGUGACUCCAUUCGAGUUGCACCACGGUGGACGGAAAGGCCGGAUCUUCGCCGACCUUCUCCUCCCUCGACCAGCCGACAUUGACGCUGCGAACACUUCGGUGCAUCCGGCGAUUGGCGUGACUCCAUUCGAGUUGCACCACGGUGGACGGAAAGGCCGGAUCUUCGCCGACCUUCUCCUCCCUCGACCAGCCGACAUUGACGCUGCCUGCUCUCCCGCUUCCGUCCGGAAGUACAGGGAAUUGCUGACUCAAGCCCGCGCGAACAUGCAAAAGGCUCAAGUCCGCAUGCAGCAACAAGCCAACAGGGGUGGCGUACCAUAUCCCAUCCGCACCGAUGGUCUGGUUUGGGUCUCCGCGGAAGAGUUUGCACUGGAAUAGGAUGUUUCACGCAAACUGCUUCCCAAGUGGUUUGGACCUUGGUCUGUGACAGC